AUGAGUGUCGGACACACCGAUGAACCCAAUGCGCAAGACAAAGACGGUGUUCCGAAGAACCAUGACAUCUCUAUCCGCUACCGCACGCUCUCCAUCCAGGUGGACGAAAGCCAGGGCGAGAAGCCCAGCGCUUCUAAGAAGGGCAAGUCCGACAACGAUCCAGCAUCGGGCAUCCGCAAUAUCGACGUUCACGCCCUGUCCCCGGAGGAGGUCUUCGCACGGUAUACUACCUCGCCUACUGUCGGGCUCGAGGCCGCCGCCGUCGAGCGGCGCGCCAAGUCCGGAGGCAAGAACGUCAUCUCGCCGCCGAAGACUCAAUACUGGAAGAAAGCUCUAAACUAUGUGUUCGGAGGGUUUAACUUCCUGAUGUGGAUCGCAUUCAUUGUCACCAUCCUGUCGUAUAAACCUCUGGGUGAGCCCGACCCCGCUGCAUUCAAUCUCGGUGUCGCCGUUCUGUUGCUUCUCGUCAUCAUCAUUUCCGCCACUUUCUAUGCGCUCGUUGACUGGCACGCAUCACGCAUCAUGAGCUCAAUUAAGACACUCAUCGCUGAAGAAGCAACGGUCAUCCGCGAUGGAAAGCACCAGACAAUACCAGCACGGGACGUCGUUGUAGGCGAUCUAGUGGCGCUCUCAAUGGGUGACCGUGUACCUGCGGAUAUCCGUCUAGUCCAGGCGUCGUCCGACCUCCGCUUCGACCGCUCCCUGCUUACUGGCGAAAGUGACAUGAUCCCCGGCACGCUCGACCAAACCUCACCCAAUGCCCUCGAGACGCGUAACCUCGCACUCGCUUCCACCUUCGUCGUCCAGGGGACCUGCACCGGGGUUGUCUUUGGGAUCGGCGACCGCUCUGUCAUGGGCCGCAUCGUCGCUAUGUCGGGCGAGACUAAGUUCAAGCUAACCACUGUUCAACAAGAGGUGUGGUUCUUCACCAAGAUUGUCUCUAGCCUCGCGCUGUCGCUGUUCAUCAUCUCGAUUAUUGUCUGGGCUGCAUGGCUGCGGAAGAGCUAUCUCGGCUAUGAGGCUGCGAGUGGAGCUAUCAUCAACUCAAUCGGUUGCUUGACCGCCUUUGUUCCCCAAGGCCUCCCCAUCUGUGUGGCUCUGUCACUGACCAUAGUAGCCAAGCGCAUGGCGAAACAUAGCGUCCUCGUGAAGAACCUGGCCACCAUCGAGACACUCGGCUGCAUGUCCGUGCUCUGUUCGGACAAAACAGGAACUCUCACCAUGGGGAAGAUGUCUGUACAGAACGUUGCAUUUCUCGACGGUCAGUGCAGCGUCGCCGGACUAACCGAAAACGAGGCCUCCGCUCCGCCUGCUUUGAAGGCCCUCCAUAUGGUCGCACGGCUGUGUAACGGUGCCAAGUUCGACGCAGCAACAGAACACCUGCCGCUCGAAGAACGGACUAUCAAGGGUGACGCAACUGAUAGCGCGGUCCUCUCCUUCGCGGAAGCACUCCGCAUCCCGUCCCUCAAUAUAGAUGCACAGUCCCUACUGGCUAGACACGAGAAGCUCUUCGAGAUCCCGUUCAACUCGCGUAACAAGUGGAUGCUCUCCCUCUGGCGCUCGCUCCCGCAAGCCUCACCCGACUCAGUUAUCGAUCUCUCACCGAAGUCGACCAUCGGAAACACCUGGCUGCUUGUGAAGGGCGCUCCAGACAUACUUUUCCCCGCGUGCACAAGCGUUAUGCAGUCAGAUGGUACCGUCAAGUACCUCGACACCGCCUCACGACGCCAACUCUUCGCCCUGCAGGAAGACUGGAGUAGCCAGGGCCAGCGAGUCCUCGCCUUAUGCCGCCGUCCGCUUGACGACGUCAAGAUCAGCAAGGUCACGCCUGCGAACGACAUGGAGGAGCUGAUGUACGCGGAGCUACAGAAGCUGACGCUGGUGGGAUUUGUGGGCAUUCGUGAUCCGCCGAGGCCAGACGUACCUGCAGCGGUGGCUACGAUUCGCCGUGCAGGCGUGCGAGUGUUCAUGGUUACCGGUGACUUCAAGCUGACUGCUCUGGCAAUUGCAAAACAGAUUGGUAUCAUCACCCAGGAUAAAGUGGACUCGAUCCACGAGCUACGCUCUCCCGAAAUCUUGAAGCAGUACGCCGACCUGACCCCGCCUGAGGUUAAACCCUCUGACGACCAAGACGAAUACCGCGCCAUUGUCCUGACCGGCGACGACGUUUCCACUCUGCAGCACGAGGACUGGAACGUAGUGGUCGGGAGGUACACCGAGAUCGUCUUUGCGCGGACGACACCCGAGCAGAAGCUGCAGAUCGUGGAAGCCAUCAAAGCGCGUGGAGACAAUACCGUCGCAGUCACCGGCGACGGUGUGAACGAUGCCCCGGCUUUGAAGGCAGGGGAUAUUGGCGUGGCCAUGGGGUCGGGAAGUGAUGUCGCAAAGGAAGCAGCCGCUAUGGUACUACUCAACAACGAUUUCGCUUCCAUCGUUGUCGCCAUUGAGAUGGGACGGCUGGUCUUUGACAACCUCAAGAAGGUCAUGAUCUACCUCAUGCCGGCUGGUACCUACACCGAGUUCAUGACGGUGUUCGCCAACGUCUUCCUCGGGAUGCAGCUCGCUCUGAGUUCCUAUCUGCAAGUCUGCUUUUCCAUUACGAACGACGUCGUCAUGUCGAUCUCGCUCAUGUAUGAGAAGCCCGAAGCCGAUCUCAUGCUCCGCAAGCCGCGAAAUGCGCGUACUGAUCGCCUCACGGACUGGCGUUUCUUCUUCCAGAUAUAUCUGUUCAUUGGCUUAAUGAUGUGGCCCUGUGCGAUGAGCAUGUGGUUCUUAUAUAUGGACCAGCAAGGACUCAGUUUCUACGACGUAAUACUGGUGUACAACAAAUGGACGGAUGGAUACCAUGGCUACACCAUCGACCAGCUGACACACUUCGUCUCCGUAGGCCAAUGCAUCUACUACGUCACCAUGGUUUUCAUGCAGUAUGGAGGCCUAUUAGCGGUGCGCAAUCGCCGAGUCUCUAUCCUACAGUCAAAUCCGCUCUGGGGGCCUCGCCGCAACUACGUCGUGCUGAUGGGUAUGGUUGGCACGGCGCUCAUCGCUGUCGUUAACUUGUACGGGCGAGGACUUGAGGACGUCUUCAGCACGACGCCCAUCCCAGGGAUGUUCUGGGGCAUACCGUUUGCCUUUGCGCUCGGAAUAUUGACCAUGGACGAGAUCAGAAAGUUGCUAGUCCGCACAUACCCGAAGGUAAGUGCCUCAGGCGUGCUUGUCCACGUAACGGUUUCAACUAACCCGGUUGUUCGUGGUAGUCAUUCAUCGCAAAGAUGGCGUGGUAGUGAAUCGGCUUGCUGACUCGGAGUUCGGAGAUCAAUAGAUAGUAGUGACGCGGAGG